AUGGCAGCGCUGCCGCUGCCCCUCCCCCUCCUGCUGCUGGCCGGGGUGGCCGAGGGGACCCCGCGGGGGACCGAGGGGACAGCGGGGACCCUGCUGGACCUGGGCCGCUGUCGCUUCGCGCUGGGAAUGGAGGACGGGACCAUCCCCGACUUUCGCCUCUCGGCCUCCAGCGCUUGGUCCGACUCCACCGCCGCCCGCCACGGCCGGCUGGGCCGCAGCGACGGCGACGGCGCCUGGUGUCCGGCGGGGCCGGUGUUCCCGGCCGAGCAGGAAUUCCUGGAGGUGGACCUGGGCCACCUGCACCUGGUGACACUGGUGGGGACACAGGGACGCCACGCGGGGGGACACGGCCGGGAGUUCGCCCACCAGUACCGGCUGCGCUACAGCCGCGACCGGCGCCGCUGGCUGCGCUGGAGGGACCGCUGGGGCGCCGAGGUGAUCGGUGGCAACGAGGACCCCGAAGGGGUGGUGCUGAAGGACCUGUCCCCACCGCCGGUGGCCCGGGCGCUCCGGGUGUACCCGAGGGCGCCGCGCGCCAUGAGCGUCUGCCUGCGCCUCGAGCUCUACGGCUGCCCCUGGGAGUCGGGUCUCCUGUCCUACACGGCCCCACGGGGACACGUCAUGGCCCUGGACCCCGUCCCCAUCGUCCUCAACGACUCCACCUACGACGGCUUCAGCGCCGGCCCGUUACACUUCGGGGGGCUGGGCCAGCUCUCGGACGGGGUCCUGGGCCUCGAUGACUUCUUGAGGACCCGCGAGCGCCGCCUGUGGCCGGGCUACGACUACGUGGGGUGGCCGCGGCCCCCCGGUCCCCAACCCCACGUGGAGCUGGAGUUUGAGUUCCAGGAGCUCCGGGCCUUCCACGCCAUCCAGGUCCACUGCAACAACCUCCACACGCGCGGGGUCGGAAUCUUCCGGGUGGUCGAGUGUCGCUUCAAGAAGAGCUUGGCCACGGUCUGGGAGCCUCUGGUGGCCACCCACAGCCUGGCCGGGGCCAUCAAGGACCCCAGCGCCCGUUGGGUCACCGUCCCCUUGGGCGGGCGCCGCGCCCGCUUCAUCCAGUGCCGCUUCUUCUUCAGCGCCGAGUGGAUGCUCUUCAGCGAGGUCUCUUUCAUCUCAGAGGUGCUGGACGACCCCAUGGGUGCCAGUGGGUGGCCCCCGACCCCUGACCCCUCCGCCGCCAUCUUGGAAAACGCCCACCAGGGGGGCGGAGCCACCAACGUCACCUCCCCGGUAGCCCCCAGGGAGGCCAAACUGGUGCCACCGGUGGCCAAAGCGGAGGCGGGGCAGUCGCCGGCCCUGCUGGGCUGCCUGGGCGCCAUCAUCCUCCUCCUGCUCGCCCUCAUCAUCCUCAUCCUGCGGCGCCGCCUGUGCGCCGGGGCACUGGGCAAGGCGCAGGGCGGCGGGCCGGAGGCGGCGCUGCGGGUGCAGCUCUCGGGGGACGCCGUGGUCAUCAACAACGCCACGGGCGGGGGAGGGGCGCGGGGGCUGCCCCGCUACGAGAGGAUCCCCCCCGGAACCGGAACCGGAACCGGAACCGGAAGCGGGGAGUACCAGGAACCCACCCGGGCGCGGCCCCGACCGCCCCCGGGGCCACCCGGGGCUGCCAAUCCGGCCUAUCGGCUGCUCCUGGCCACCUACGCUCGGCCAAUGGGAGGCCUCGCCCGAGCCCCGCCCGAUGGCACCAAACCAAUCAACACCGACGGUGAACCUGAGGGGGGGGCGGGGGCUUACGCCGAGGCUGACGUCACCGGAGGCUCCGCCUACGCGCUGGCUGGCCCUGCCCAUGGCCCCGCCCACGGCCCCGCCCUCCCCUCCUUCCCCCGGCACCGCCUCCGCUUCCGGGAGAAGCUGGGGGAGGGGCAGUUUGGAGAGGUGCUGCUGUGUGAGGUCAUCGCCCCCCACACCCUUGGCCUGGCCACUCCCACCGGCUCAGUCCCCGCCCCCCCGGCCGAAGGGCGCCCCCUGCUGGUGGCGGUCAAAGUGCUGCGGCCGGACGCCACCAAGAACGCCCGGCGGGAUUUCCUGCAGGAGGCGCGGACGCUGGGGCGGCUGCGGGACCCCAACAUCGUGCGGCUGCUGGGGGUGUGCGGGGGGCCCGGCCCCCUGUGCAUCGUCACCGAGUACAUGGAGCACGGAGACCUGCACCAGUUCCUGGGCGGGCCCCGAGGCCACGCCCUCAGCCUCCCCACGCUGCUCCGGCUGGGAGCACAAAUCGCCUCCGGGAUGCGAUUCCUGGCCGGGCUGAACUUCGUGCACCGGGAUUUGGCCACCCGGAAUUGCCUGGUGGGCGACGGAUUCACCGUCAAGGUGGCGGAUUUUGGCAUGAGCCGGAACCUCUACGCCGCCGAUUAUUACCGGGUGAGGGGCCGGGCGCUGCUGCCCAUCCGCUGGAUGGCCUGGGAGUGCAUCCUGAUGGGCACGUUCAGCCCGGCCAGCGACGCCUGGGCCUUCGGGGUGACGCUCUGGGAGGUGCUGACGCGCUGCCGGGAGCAGCCGUACGGGGCCCUGAGCGACGAGCAGGUGAUCGCCAACGCCGGGCACCACUUCAGGAACCGCGGGCAGCAGGUGAUACUGGGAUGGACUGGGAGUUCCGUCCCCUCCUGUCCCCCCCCACCUGUCGCUCCUGUCCCUCUGUCCGGGUGUCUCUCCGUCUGUCCGUCUGUCCCUCCUGUCCCUCUGUCUGUCCCCGUGUCCCGGUGUCCGUCUGUCCCUCCUGUCCCUCUGUCCGCGUCCCCGGGUCCCUCCGUCCUUCCUGUCCCUCUGUCCCUCCUGUCCACCCCGCCCGCCGCUCCGGACACCGUGCCGGCCGCUGCGGACACACUGACCGCCGCUCCGGACACACUGACCGCCGCUCCGGACACACUGACCGCCGCUCCGGACACUGCGGACACUGCGGACACACUGACCGCUGCUCCGGACACACUGACCGCUGCUCCGGACACACUGACCGCUGCUCUGGACACACUGACCGCUGCUGCGGACACCGCUCCGGACACUGCGGACACUCCGGACACCGUUCCGGACACACUGACCACUGUUCCGGACAGACUGACCAUCGCUCGGGACACUCCGGGCACCGCUCAGGACACACUGACCACUGCUCCGGACAGACUGACCAUCACUGCGGACAGACUGACCAUCACUACGGACAGACUGACCACUCCAGACACCGCUCCGGCCACUCUGACCACUCCGGCUGCUCGAGCCCCGCUGACCGCUCGGCUGAGCACUCGAGUGACCGCUCCAGUGACCACUCCAGUCCGACUGACCACUCCAGUGACCAUUCCGGCCACUCCAGCCCCGCUGACCACUCCAGUGACCCCUCCAGUGACCACUCCAGUCCGACUGACCACUCCGGUGACCCCUCGAGUGACCACUCCGGCCACUCCAGUGACCCCUCCAGCCCGACUGACCACUCCGGUGACCCCUCCAGUGACCACUUCGACCCCGCUGACCACUCCGGCGACCGCUCCAGUCCGACUGACCCCUCGAGUGACCACUCCAAGUGCUCCAGUGACCACUCCGGCCACUCCAGUGACCCCUCCGGCCCCUCCGGCCCCGCUGCCCGGCCGGGCUCCCCUCCCCCCGCUGUCCGGCCGCUGUCCGCAGUGUGGUCAGCGCUGUCCGGCGGGCCGGGCUCACCGGGCCGUGCCUUUGGCCAUCGAGGCUCGAAUCGCCCGGAGAAUCUGA